CGCAGAUGUCCUGUGCGAAUGGACCCUUUUGUUUACAUACGAGAGCAAGUCCGCCAGAAGUUGCUCAAAGCGAACCUGUGCUCUAAACACGUCAAAGACGCAUCUUCCUUCAUCCUUACUCUGGGCGAGCAUGCUGAAAAUAUUGGGAAAUUGUGGCUGGAACUAUUUCAAGCAUCGGAAGAUCCAGCCUCACAACUGGCACUUUUAUACGUGGCCAAUGAAAUCCUCAUCAAAUGCUCCAAGUAUGGCGUCCCCGAAUUCAAAGACGUGUUUCGACCAUUUGUCACGGAGGCCGUGAAACACUUAAGACCGGGUCAUUUAGUGCCGAAACUAUCGAAGUUGUUCAACUAUUGGCUACGAUACCGGCUGUUCGAAACACAUUUUGUACAACAGCUCCUGGAUGGAUUGGCGCAAACCGGACCGCCAGGGAAAAAGCGUGUCGCUGCCGAUCCGUUGGAGGUAUCGGACGACUCGGUCAAAGAUUUCCACCCUGAAAAUCUCACCGAUUCGUUGCGUAAGUUGAAGCAAACGGAAGAGGAACUACAAGACCAAUCGAAACCGGAUCUACAGCAUUUAUACGUGAAUCUCCCGAUUUCGAACAUCGUUUCUUCCCUGAAGAGCAAGGAAGAGAGUCGGGUUUUAUCGCGUCGAGUUGAGCUUUGCUGCAAGAAUUUAGACUCGUACAUCAAGCGUCGUACGGAAUAUUUGGAGCAGUUAAUCUCAAUUUCCCGACUAGUGGAGAUGGCUGAGCAUUUCUACGAGACACAACAUAAAGAAGUCGCCAUUGUGGUGAACGCUUAUAGCGCCUAUGGGAAGCGUGUUUCAAAAACGCUGGAGAAGGCCGAGGGUUGCGUUGGGAUAACCUCUCCCAAAGCAUCGAUCGUUGAUGGAAAAGCCGCACAAUACGAGGUGAAUUCUUCUCCAAAACCGACUACGACUCCCCAGUCUAAGUUGGAGAGUGACGAUGAAAAGUUUGAUAACUUUGGUGACGACUUUGCCAACGAUGAUGACAGUGAUUUUGAGUCCGGUCCGACGGUGAGCGCCAACAAUCCAUAUGUAAACAAUGUUGUCUACCACCCUUCGCCAAUUCAGCCACUGAAAGAGACAGAACCACGGACUUCGCCAGACAAAGUGAUGACAAAGACGGAACCCGUAGUAACAGACACUGGACCUGAGAAGCCAGUCUCUACGGUCGCUUCCGUCAAUACCCCACCCACGGUGCCAGAUAUCGGGGCGCCUUUUGCUUUUCAUCCAAUCCAAAACGCUUCAGGUGAUGUUGACUAUCGACCCUUACUCGAUCCUACCUUCCAAAGUCGGUUUAAAGGUGGCGUGAAAAGCGCCAUCACCACAAACUCCGAGCCGAGUGGAACUGUGAAUGUUACAAGCCCUGCCACUACGACCCUGAAAGAUUCACAACCCCCAGCAGAACCAGCUUCACAUCACCUGUCUACUUCGGUUUGCCAUGACGACGAUGGGGACAGUAUGGAAAUGUCGGAUGACGAUGAACCUGCAGAGCUAAAAGAAGCUGCGGACCAGAAUCGCAAGCCGGCUGAGCUGGUGUUAGAAGCUGGUCCGCUGGACCCAUCCGCUGUCGACACUGGGGACCGGGACUGGCGUCUGCUCACAAAACCACUUGCCAAAUCCAAAUCAGCUCCGCCCUGCAAACCUGUGUUUGAUCAUUCCACUAUUCCAUCAGCACCUAUUCGGGUGGACCCGUGGCGCUCACGGUUUCCACAGCCGCCAGCAUACUUGCCGGGAUCGGUGCCUCAACCGCCUAAUCCGUUUACACUGAGUCCAGCUAUUCCAAUCCCCCCUCCACCACCACCACCCAAAUUUAUCAGACUUUCUCACACUGAUCAGAUCUCUCAGGCGCCACGUUUUUCCAGCCCUUCCAUCUCUGAGCCUCGACUCCCACCUCCACACCACCCACCACCUCCGCCUCCCGUCAGCAUGAACAACUUGUCAACGGUGCACUUUGCACCGGGUCCACGACUGCCUGGGGGUGUCACACCAUCUUUCCCGAAACUUCACUCAGAGCAUAGCCUUCCCUUCCCUCGCCCCACCGCGGCCAAUCAUCCCAGUCCGAUAAAUCGCGAGCCACUUCCAGUUGUCCAAGGGGAACAAUCGCCCGCUGUUCCUGUAUCUUCAGAGUCUCGUUGCUCACCCGUCUCCAUGUUCGGUCCGUCUGACUCCGAUGAUCGACUAUUGCCGGCAAAAAUAGAACCUUCUCCUGCCACCACACCUCAGGAAGAAGUGGGCACCAACGUCAAAUCCGUGGUUGAGUCCGAUUCGACUUCAGUGACCGUCGCAGGCUUCAACGAACCUCCCAGUACUCAGAACCAAAUGGAUAUAGAAGAUCCGUUUGCUGUCAUUUCACGACUCACAGGAUUGUCCAACUUAGUUAAAAGCCUCUCCGCCAAAAAUGAAACUAGCUCAACAACCUCUUCAACUGUUGGGCAAGCGGUGCCUCACUACAGUCCAAGCGGCACGACAGAUUCUACACCGAAGGUGCAGCAGCCCCUCGCCACUAAAUCGACGGACUGUGACAUGCGACAGACUCCACAGACGGAGCCCGUGACAGUUCAGCGACUACUGGAGACGUUCGGACUCCGACGAUCUGCGGAACAACCUUCAUCGUCUUCAAAUUCAAACGGAGAGCAGCAUUCAAAUGGAGCAACAUUGACAAACCCCUCGGUGUCCGCUCCUAUCAUUGCUAGUGUUAACCAAACGCCAGUGCUCAGUCCUCAGUCAAACUCACCAAGUGAUGUAGAAGUUAUCGAGUCGUUCACACAGUCGGCCAAUGAGGGUAGUUCACCCAGUGGCGGUGAAACACCUACUCAAGAUGAGCAUGGUGAAAACCAUACAGACGCUCCUCUACCAGUCAGUCUCGCCAACUUGCUUUUACCCAAACCCAGUACGGGUUCUGUCACCGGUACUCCGCUGUUCGCAAUGCCAGAGCAUUUGUCGUCCAUCAGUUCACCUGUGGCGCAGCCGACUUCCGGUUCUGUUGGAAUACCUGUAUCGUCGCAUGACGCGGUCAACGUCACAUCGGUCAAUCCUUCAAAUUCUCCAAUGACACUCCCGAACAACAUAUUCGGUCCGCCCAGCAGUUGGAGUCGACUCCCUAUGGUUGGAACUCCAAGUCUGGUAUCCCUGCCAUUUGCACAAAUUUCCACAUCCAGCGUUAGCCCUCAAAGAGCCCCAAUUUCCACUGUGUCGUCAACUUUCUCACCUGUCGUUUCUGGCACUGCCCAACAAAUCUACUUACUCCAGUCCAGCCAACAGCAGCAAAUCAAUUCUAUAGCAGCCGGGUUGGCCCAUGGCGCGCCUAGCUUAUGGCACAGCUUCACUUCACCCCUCCUACCACCUACCACAUUUGCCAGUUUUCUUCCAACUGGUCAGCAACCCCCACAACCAAGUCUACUCAAUCUUCAGCUGUUUAAUCGACCGCGACCCCCAAACUCUUAAUGUACCACUGGGGGGAGGUAUGCGACGUCCCAUCAGCCAAUCACAGAUAUAUUCGCCUACGUGUAUUUUCUACUCUCCAUCCACGGACACGGACAACACGUUUGCUCUGGCCUCCCCUUUCAAAGCCCCACGUCUACUCCCUUCGUGCGUGCUGUGGCUUAUUUGUACACAAUGACCUAUUCCCCUGGUCUGCAUUCUAUGCUUUUGUCCACCACCUACUACUUUGCGUUAGAUAAAAUUCUGC